AUGCCCAAUGGAGAUAAUAUCUGGCAGCUUUUUGUCAGGGGGCUUCGUGGAAAGACCAACAUUGUGAGGAUCCACAAGGAUGCCACUGUGGACGAGCUGAUCAACAAGAUCAGUGAUAUGAACGGCAUACCUGCGAAGACCCAGCGCAUCUUGUACACAACAAAGCAGCUUGAGUAUGGUCGUAACAAAUACCUCUCGGACUACAACAUGGAAGACCAGUCCAACCUUACGGUGUUGCUGCGACUCCCUGGAGGCAGUGGCACCUAUGGAGUCAUUGACAUCGAUGGAGGUAGUGACUACGAUGGAGGCAGAGACUACGAUGGAGGCAGUGACACCGAUGGAUUCAGUGACAAUGAUGGAGGUAGUGACUACGAUGGAGAUAGUGACUACGAUGGAGACAGCGAAACCGAUGUAUACAUAGACAGUGACAACGAUGGAGGCAGUAACAACGAUGGAGGCAUUGACAACGGUGGAGGCACUGACAACGGUGGAGACAGUGGCAACGGUGGAGGCAGUGACAACGGUGGAGACAGUGGCAACGGUGGAGGCAGUGAAACCGUGGAAUACUUGCCUCCUCCGCCGAUUGGGCGAACGUAUCUCCCCCAUGAAACCCUCGCGAAUCCGAAGCAACUGGACGAGGACGUCGAGACUACCGAAGCUCCUGAUAUGAUCAGCUGGGAGGAUGACCCCAACACUCCCCGAGCCAAGAUGUCCUGUGGACACGCCAUCACUCCGGAGACACUCACCACGUACUGCGAGAGUCUGCUGAGUGCAGGGAAGUACGUCUUCAAGUGCCCUUACAACAGUACAAGUGGGAGCUACUGCGGCAAGGAAUGGACCUAUCUGGAGGUCCGUCGCCUUGCCGUGCUCACAGCGGCUGAGAAGAAGCAGUUCGAAACCAUGAUCUCCGACAACUACAUCUACAAGGGGAUGGGCAUCCAGGAGUGUCCCAAGUGCCACUCCUUCUGUGAGCGCAUCAACAAGAAGGACAAGCGAGUGGUGUGCCCCCUGUGCUCGGCCACUGACGGCGUGGAGUUCCACUUCUGCUGGCUUUGCCUGCACGAGUGGGUUGGAGGAGGUGUCGAGAAGUGCGGCAAUGACAACUGCAGUGGCGAAGAUCCGCGCCUGAAGAUCCUCCGCGACUGCAAGAAGAAGACCAUCGUGGGUGUCCAUGGCUGCCCUGCCGUCAGGGCCUGUCUGAAGUGCGGCAUGCUCAUCGAGCACGAGAAGGCCUGCAAGCACAUGACCUGUGUCUGUGGUCAGAAAUUCUGUUUCAUCUGCCUGAAGCCCAGCCUGGACGGAAUCUACCAGUGCGGCAGUUUUAACAGCCCGUGCGAGAUCGCGGGCGUGCAGAAGACCAUUCCUGCCGACAACUAAUUCUAAUGUUUCAUGAUUCUACUCACUCUCCUACGCAGAGACAUCCAACGGCGCCAGCAAACCAACUCUUGUCUGUACUCUACUAUCUCAACCUUCACCAUCAGUUCCUGACCGCCCUGCUUAUAACUAUCAAUGGAUAU